AUGGCUUCGCACAGCGUGCCUGUGACGCGGAGCUUGGGCCUCGUGCUCGCUGCACUGGCUGUUGUCAUGCUCUCAGCCUCCUUCCCUUCUCAUUCCAUUCUCCUUCCGCUCUUCCCCUUUCCCCCUCUCCCCCAUGCGCGCUCAGCCUGUGCGCCCAGGGCUGCCGCCAUUCGCCAUUCGCACGGCCUGCUGACAGCUGCUUCAAGCAACGCCGCCGACCACUCGUGUGUGCAGCGCAACUGCGGCGCCAAUGCGGUGUGCGUGAAGGACAGGGGCAGCGCCACCUGCGUGUGCAACAUUGGAUUUUCCAUGACCCCCACCGGCUGUGUUGAGGCUUGUCACGUUGGCAGUACUUUCCUUCAUCUGUUGUUCUUAAUCUCUCCUCUCGCCCAACUCCUUCCCCUCUCCCCCCCUUCUCCAGACACAUGCGCGCUCAAGGCGUGUGGCAGCAACGGCAAGUGCAUCAAGGACAGUGCUGGAGUGGCGUCCUGCGUGUGCAACACUGGCUUCGUGCUGCAGGCUGACAAGGUUACAUGCACUGGUGCGUAUGUGCUGAUGUGUGACUGCGAGAAGCCACGCAGUGACACGUGUGUGCUCAAGAAGUGUGGGGGUAAUUCCAAGUGCGUGAAGAGCGCUGCAGGAGUGGCGUCCUGUGUGUGUGACACUGGCUUCGUGCUGCAGCCUGAUGGCGUCACGUGCACUGACACAUGCGCGCUCAAGGCGUGUGGCGUCAACGGCAAGUGCAUCAAGGACAGUGCUGGAGCGGCGUCCUGUAUUUGUGACCCUGGCUUUGUGCUGCAGGCCGACAAGACUACAUGCACUGACACGUGUGUGCUCAAGAAGUGUGGGAGUAACUCCAAGUGUGUGAAGAGCGCUGCAGGAGUGGCGUCCUGCGUGUGUGACACUGGCUUCGUGCUGCAGCCUGAUGGCGUCACAUGCACCGACACAUGCGCACUCAAGGCGUGUGGCGUCAACGGCAAGUGUAUCAAAGACAGUGCAGGAGUGGCGUCCUGCGUGUGUGGCACUGGCUUCGUGCUGCAGGCUGAUGGCGUCACAUGCACCGACACCUGCAAGAUUCAGAACUGUGGUGUGAACGGCACGUGCAACAAGGACAAAAUUACUGGAGCGGCGUCCUGUGUGUGUGACACUGGCUUUGUGCUGCAGGCUGAUGGCGUCACAUGCACUGGUGAGUGCCAUGCUUUGAGAGAUGCCAUGGGAAUUGCCAUGUGCCAUGUGCCAUGCCUUAUGAGAUGCCGUUUUGUGCUUCAACGUGCUAAGUACUGCAAGUGCCAUGCUGAUGCGCGCCAGUACUUGAUAACAGAGGCACACCAGUCUUGCAUCAACACAUGUGUGCUCAAGAAGUGCGGCGUCAACGGCAAGUGCAUCAAGGACAGUGCUGGAGUGGCGUCCUGCGUUUGCAACGUUGGCUUUGCUCUGCAGCUCGACGCAUUGCAUGUCCCUCUCUCCUUCCCUCUACUCUCUCCUUCACUUCCCUCUUGCAUUUCCUCACUGCCUUCUCUCCUUCCCACCCUCCAUUCUCUCACUCUCCCUCCUCCCGCCGCCCAUUCUCAUCCGUUUUGUUCGUGCCUCCUUUCAGAUACGUGCGUCAUCAAGAACUGUGGUGCCAAUGCUGCUUGUGUGAAGGAUGGUGAAGGCGUUGCAUCCUGUGUUUGCAACACGGGCUUCCAGAUGGUCAAAGGCCUUUGCGUUGACACCUGCGAGAUCCAGAACUGUGUGCGCGGCUGGUGCAUCAAGGACCAAUUUGGAGCGGCGUCCUGUGAAUGUAGCAUUGGCUAUGUGCUGCAGGCGGAUAACAGGACGUGCAAAGAUGUUUGUGAGAUCCAGAAAUGUGGUGCCAACAGCCAAUGCUUUCGUGGCAGCGACGGCGCUUACUGUGUGUGUGCUCCGGGUUUUGUGCUGCAGCCGGAUAACAGAACGUGCAUCAGCGCCCCACCUGCACCCGACACCUGCGUGGCUCAGGAAUGUGGUGUGAACGGCCGGUGCAUCAAGGACGACUCUGGAGCGGCGUCGUGUGUGUGUGAAUCCGGCUUUGUGCUGCAGGCGGAUGGGAGGACGUGCACUGAUGUCUGUGAGAUUCAGAACUGUGGUGCCAACGGCCAUUGCUUUCCUUCCGGUGACGGGGCUGUCUGCGUUUGUGACAAGGGCUUUGUGCUGCAGGACGAUGGCAAAACGUGCACUGGUACGUGA